CGGAUCACAUUCUCACAGCUCGCCACAUUGCUGCGUAGCGUGUGCGAGGCGCACCUUUCUCCAAUACUAACAUAAUAUCGUUAUUCACUCAAGAGUUAGUGUUCAGUCAGUGUUGUUGUGAUUUUCUGUUAACGUUUUUUUAUUAAUUUUUUUAUAACCGUAUAAUAAUCACCGUCGAGUUAAUUUAUUCAUAGUUUUCAACAACGAAAACAUACUUAACAUUAAGUACAACGAAAUCAAAAGUGCCAAAUUUAUUUAUCCAAAGUUACCAUUGACGUCGUUACUCAAAAUUAAGCUAGCGCUUCAUCUAAUAGAGUCAAAAAUAAUCACAUGAUCAAAAAUGUCUAAAGUUUCAAAUUAUAUAAAUGCUUUAAACGGCAACGCGAAUCUUACAGCAGACGAAGAACUCAAGGAACAGUUUUCCAAGUUUGAUAAAAAUAAUGAUGGAUCAAUCGAUUUAUCUGAAUUGCAAGAAGCGUUGGAACUUUGUGGUUUCAAAUUACCUGCCUGGAAAGUUCGAAAAAUGAUUGAAGACUAUGGCAAUAAAAAGACCCAAACUAAAGGAAAAUUAUUAUUUUCAGAAUUUAAAAAGCUCUGUACUGAUUUAAAAGCAGGCGAAGUAGCAAGUUCUUUUAAACAAGUUGUUUCCAAAAAAGAAAAUUUAGAAACUUUAGGAGGUAUGUCUGAUGCUUCAAGUGAAGGAACUACACAUUCAGUAAGACUGGAAGAACAACUAGCGUUUUCAGAUUGGAUCAAUAGCAAUCUAAGACAUGAUACUGAUUUAAAACAUCUACUACCUAUUGAAAGUGAAGGCAAAAACUUGUAUGAUAAAGUAAAAGAUGGAAUUUUACUUUGUAAAAUUAUUAAUCACUCAUGUCCUGAUACAAUUGAUGAACGAGCAAUCAAUAAAGAAACUACAAAAAGCAAUUUAACAGUAUACAAAAAAUUAGAAAAUUUAACUUUAGCUUUAGUAUCAAGUCAAGCUAUUGGAUGCAAUAUUGUUAAUAUAGAUGCUCAUGAUCUUGCUAAAGGAAAACCUCAUUUAGUUCUAGGACUUUUGUGGCAAAUUAUUCGAAUUGGGCUGUUUAAUCAAAUAACUCUUGAAAACUGUCCUGGUCUUGCUACACUGUUACAAGAUGGUGAGAAAAUUGAAGAACUCAUUAAAUUGUCCCCUGAAGCUAUACUGCUAAGAUGGGUGAAUUAUCACUUAAAUCGUGCUGGUGUUUCUAGACAGUGUCAUAACUUUCAAAGUGAUAUUACUGAUUCAGAAAUUUAUACUUACCUGAUGAAACAAAUUGCUCCUCAAGAUUCUGACGUUGAUAUGUCAGCAUUAAUGGAACCUGAUAUUAACAGACGAGCUGAAAUAAUGUUACAACAAGCCGCAAAAUUAGGAUGUCGAAGUUUUGUUACUCCUUCUGAUGUAGUUAAUGGUGUAUACAAGUUAAAUUUGGCCUUUGUGGCAAAUUUAUUUAACAACCAUCCUGGAUUAGAUAAACCUGAGGGAGAAAUUGAAGGUUUGGAAAAUAUUGAAGAAACAAGAGAAGAAAAAACAUACAGAAAUUGGAUGAACUCAAUGGGUGUGGCACCACAUGUUAACUGGCUUUACUCAGAUUUAGCAGAUGGUCUUGUUAUAUUCCAAUUAUAUGACAUUAUCAAACCAGGGAUUGUUAAUUGGUCUAAAGUCCAUAGAAAAUUCACCAAGCUCAGGAUGUUUAUGGAAAAAUUAGAGAAUUGUAACUAUGCUGUUGAAUUAGGUCGUCAAUUAAAGUUUUCUCUUGUAGGAAUUGCAGGGCAAGAUUUAAAUGAUGGAAAUGCUACUCUUACCCUUGCUUUAAUUUGGCAACUGAUGAGAGCUUAUACACUCUCAGUUCUUACACAAUUAGCUAAUACGGGAAGUCCAAUUGUUGAAAAAGAGAUUGUUACCUGGGUAAACAAUAAAUUACAAAGUGCUAACAAAGAAACAGCUUUAAAAGGAUUCCAAGAUCAAACUCUAUCAGAUGGUAGAAUUGUUAUUGAUUUAAUUGAUGCUAUUAAACCAGGCACUAUUAAUUAUGAUAAUGUUAAAGAUGGCAGCGAACUUGAGGAUAAAUUAGCAAAUGCUAAAUAUGCCAUUUCAAUGGCCAGGAAAACUGGUGCUAGAGUAUAUGCAUUACCUGAAGAUAUAACAGAAGUAAAGCCAAAAAUGGUGAUGACUCUUUUUGCAUGCCUUAUGGCUAUAGACUAUGUUCCAUGUAUGGGAGUAAAAUCUGACUUAUGAUUUAAUAUUUUUUGUAUAAGUAUGAAAA